GACAUGUCGCAUCGCAAUGGAAAGGAAGGUUCUAGUCAUAGAUUGUUCUAGUGAUUCAUUCUUCCUUAUCAAGCUCUAAACUUGGAUUUUCAACCAGUUACAACUAAAUAUCCAAGUGUGACACAUGGAACACAUGUCAACCGAAUUGUUGAUAUCUUUUAACCUAUUAAACUAAAAAUUGGUGGAUGAACGAUAGGUUGAAAAUCCUCCAACGUUUCUUUAAAUCCGCCAAACUGCCAGAAGAAAUUUCAAAAAUGUCAUCGGAGCUAGUUACAGAUGUUAUUAUAAUCGGAGCUGGGCUUACAGGAUUAUCCUUAGCCCGUGAGUUGACCGACAUGGGGAAGGAUAUUCUAGUGGUUGAAGCUAGAGACAGAAUCGGCGGCCGGAUACACACUUUUUCGACCAGUGACGGCGCCCCAGUAGAAAUGGGGGCGACAUGGUUCUUCCCCCACUUUAGAAACCUGUUCUCUGCCCUGAAGGAGUUAAACAUUGAUCUAAUGGAGCAGUAUAUGAAGGGAGGGACUAUGUACGAGUCUGAUUCUAAAACUCCUCCCAGAAAAGUUAAUUCUAGUGAUGAUGGGGACAUGUUUAGAAUAAAGGGAGGGACUAGCAACAUUGUAAACACACUCUACAGCAAGAUUGAUCCUAGCAGGGUUGUACUAUCUCAGGUUGUUACAAAUAUAAACCAAGUUGAAGGAGGGAUUGAAGUUGUAACCAAAGAUAAAACUUAUCGAGCCAAGAAGGUUGUAACAACCAUCCCACCUCAACUUCUGGCUCACAGUGUAUCCUUUCAACCUUCUCUACCAACUGGGGUUAUAAAUACUGCCAAGGAGACCCAAACCUGGAUGGGGGACUCCAUGAAGGGGGCGAUCACAUACUCAACUCCCUUCUGGAAGGAGAAGGGGCUUGCAGGGGCCCUUUAUAGCUCCUCCGGUCCGUUUCAGCAGAUGUACGACCAGACGAGCACAGACGGGACUAAGUUUGCUCUGGUUGGAUUUAUGCAUCCUAGCAUAGCAAGGUUCAGAGAAGAGGAGAGGAAAAGAAAGGUUGUAGAUCAACUUGUUCGAGUUUUUGGCGAGGAAUCCAGGAAUUUCCUGGAUUAUAAGGACACAUAUUGGUCCGAGGAAGAAUUCACAAUGCCUGUGAAUGCCGGGCGCCUGUACGCACAUAAGAAUAAUGGGCACAGUGUGUAUCAACAAGCAUAUUACGGGGGAAAUCUGUAUAUUGGGGGGACAGAAACCGCGAGCCAAGCGAGUGGAUACAUGGAAGGUGCGGUGAACAGUGCUAAAUUUCUUGCCAAGCAACUAAAAGACGAUUUUAAAUAAAUCAAGAAUUCUGUAUUCUACAUUGAUGUGACGUAUGUAUGUUAUACAUGAGCUUUCCUGCUUUCCUACUCUAUGUUUAAAUAUAACCAGUGAUUUGAUGUUUUUUUAUUAAAAAUAUAUAGAUAAAAUAUG